AUGAGUUGCGAUGACAAUUAGCUUGAUGCAUCCAGCAUAUCUAUAAUUAAAAAAUUCCUAAAUUCAGAACUUCUUGAUGAAUCUGAUUUUGAAUUAGAACAAACUAAUUAAAAGAACAAAAAACCUUAAUAGUUCAACCUAAAUUAAAUGCUUGAAUAAAGGAAAGGGAAAAAUUGUUAAAUGAAAUAAUAUGAAUCCUAAGAAAAUCGAGACCUAAAUUAUCUGGUUAAUGAAUUAAGAUUAGAGUAACAGAACUUUUAGGCUGAAUUAGAACAUUUACAACGCUAAUUUAUAUAAGAAAUAAACUUAGUAAUGCAAAAGGUUUUUGAUUAGAAUAAAUUGUACUAUAAACAAUAAGAAUAUCAAUUGAAUUUAAUCCAACAGAAGAGACAAAAAUUACAAGUUUAGUCUCCUUAACAAUCAUAUUCAUUUUUGUAUCAAAUGAACCCAAAUUUAUAGUAAUACUAGAAAUUUAAUAAAGAAAUUAAAAAUAGUUUAGUAAAAUUAUUACACAAUAUCAAAACAACAAAAAUCUAUUCAGAAACAUUCAAUCUGCAGGAUUAAUAGUAUGAUUCCCAAACCUCAAGAUCUCCUCUCGCUUAAUUAAACAAACUAUUUUCUAGACAAGGGUCCCUUGAAAAAAAAUAACCAUUUACUAACAGAAUCACCAAUACGAAUAUGAAACUCAAUUUAGUGAUGCCAAUGAAAAGAGACACACAAUCCUUUUGGAAUCAACCAAGUGAAAGAAAAUGUAGUAUGACUUCCAAAUUAAGUUCGAGUCCAUAUGAGAAAAGGGAUAAAUGCUUAGUCCAACAAGCUUUAUACAAAUAGUCUUCAGAUUUCUUAAAAUUUAGAUGCUGA